AUGGCCGACUAUAGAACUACAAAGGUCUACCGAGAACGGAACGAUUCUGACGACGACCACUUUCAAAAGAGCACCACUGUGACCCGAUACAAAGUCAACCAACCCAAGGUAGAGCGAUACGACCGUGUCGAGAAAGUCUAUGAGAUGGACGACGAGCGCCGCUCACGCUACUCUGGCGAGCGGGAUUUUGUCGAGUAUGAGCGAAGGGAGCGGGCAUAUGUGCCCGACAGGCCACGCUCGGCCGUAGACGUCGACGCUGAUCGCGGCCGCACCGCCUACUAUGAGCGCGAUGUCGAGCGCCGGGAGACGGACCGCGACUGGGACAGACGCCCUCGCCAUCAUGAAGAGGAUGUGCGCGUGGAAAAGAGAGUCGAGGAGCGCUUUGACGACGGCCAUGGCCAUGAGGUUGAUCGCUAUCGCAAGGAGACUGAGUAUUACCACGAUCCAAACCAUGCGUCUUCUCCCGUCGUGGUCCGCCAGCGGGCUCCGGACCAGAAAAUCAUCGUCCAGGAAGCCCCGCCGCAGCAGAUUGUCAUUCCCCGGCAGGAACCCAACAUCAUUGUGCUCAGAGAGAGGGACGGGGACCGAGAACUCGCUCGUCCCGCUCCUUACGACGAAGAGUAUUACUACCGACGGGAACGGAGAGAGGUUGGCCCCUACAAGGGCGACCGCCGCCCGCGACGCGGGGACGACUACCACAGCGACGACGAUGACUAUUACUACUCUCGCCGCACCACUCGCCGCGAGCGAAGCCAGAGCGCGGAUCACCACCACAAGCGUCACCUCGCAGAGGGAGCCCUUGCCGGCGCCGGCAUCACGGCCCUCCUCUCCAGUCGCCCCAAUGAGUACGGAGAGGUUGCCGAGGGCCGUGGCAAGAAGGUCCUUGCCGGCGCUGCUUUGGGGGCCAUCGGAACCGAGGCCAUCAGGCGAGCCCACAGCGCCUAUGAAGACCACUGGGGUGACGGUAAUGAAUCCCCCGAUCGCCACUCUGCGCUCAAGAAAGGUCUAGGAAUCGCCGCCGUGGCCCUCGCCGCAGCUGGCGCCGUCAAGUAUCACCAGGCCAGCAAGGCCGAAAAGGAUGAGCGACGCCGAGGACGAAGCCGAAAUCGAGGGUACUAUACAUCUGACGAAGAGUACUACUCGGAUCGCUCGCGCUCGCGCAGGCCCAGCCGCAAGCGCAGCCUCUCCACCUUGGCCAAGGCGGCCAUUGGAACCGCCGCGACUGCUGGGCUCGUGAAGCAUUUCCGUGACAAGUCAAAGUCGCGAUCCAAGUCACGACAUUCUCGACCUGGCAGCAGAUCUCGCAGCAAGUCUACGCUUCGCCGUGGUGCCGAGCUUGCCGCCGGCGCGGCCGCAGUUGGCGUAGCUGGCAAGAUGUGGAAGGACCAUCAUGAUAAGAAGAAGGAAAGGGAGAGAGGGGAAUCGACCUCUCGUGGGUAUAGCGACGAGGAUCGCGAGUACGAUGGACACAACUCACACAGCUUGAUUGAGUACGGGCACGAUCCCCUACCACCCGAUCCGCGCUCUCCAACUGGCCAAGGGUAUGAAUCCGAGGCCGAGGAGAGGCGGCGAAAUCGACGGAGAAGACGUGAAAGAGACCCAUCAUCCUCUUCUGAGUCCAACGAGGAGAGGAAACGAAGCAGGAGUCGGCUGCGAGACAGCGCUGCCGCAGGUGCUGCGGCGGCGGGAAUCAAGGAAUACAAGGACAGAAAGGAGAGAGAGCGGAAGGAAGAAGCGAGACGGGAGGAAAAGCGAGAGGAGAGGAAAGAGGAUAGAAAGGAGAGACGGUCGAAGGAGAGGCGCUCGAGGGAGCGCGAGGAGCAAGCACAACGCUACCCCAAGGUCCCUUCAAACGGGGCUUACUUUGAAGACCCAAACAGACCGCAUUCACCACCCAAUGCUUCCGGCGGCGCCUACUUCGGGGCCCCCUAUCCUGUAACUCCAGGAGCCAGCAUCCCCGGAAACAUUCCUCCCCCGGCCCCGCAGCCGCCGACAACCAACGUCCCGCCGCGAGAGCACUCCUACACGCCGUAUACUGACCCCAGUGUGCCGGAACCUCGUGAGUACCACCCCUAUGUGCCUCAAGACUACCAUGGGUACGCACCUCCGCCUCCACCGGCUGGUCCCCCGCCACCUUCGGGACCGCCGCCUCCUGGUAACUCUUCCGGAGUGCCGGGAUACGCACGCCCGCCAGGGCCGCCGCCUUCGGGCCCGGUUCCUCCCCCUGGACCUCCCCCUCCAGGGCCACCGGCGGGCGGUAGCUUCCCGCAAGAUUAUGUGAGUGACCUCUCCAAAAACAAGAAUCCACCUGAACAGAAGGGCGGACCAUCCGAGGAGGCCGUAAAACCGCUCAAGCAGCUGCCGCCGCCUCGCAUCGAGAUUCCACCGCUUGGGUUUCCCCUCGGUAGAAGAAAGUCUGUGUCGUUUGGACCGCUUUCUCCAACGAGCACUGUAACAAUGAAGAGGCAUAAAAAGGAUCACGAACUUGAAUCCGAAUCAGACAGCUCGGAGUCUGAAGAUGGAUCUCGCGGUAAACGUCGUGAAAACCAGUUCAACCGAUCAAGUCGCCACCGUCGGCAAUCAUCCGAUACGACUCACGAUCGUUCUCCUAACCGUGACCACGAGAGCAGGCGUAGGAGACGUCACCACUCGGAUUCAGACGAGGAAAUCGAAGAUUUGCCUGAUCGUUUCGACUCGCACGGGAGACCAUUGGAUGGUGGGCGUCAUGGCAGGAGCCGGCUGACGACUAGAAGCGGCAGUUUUCAUCGUUCGGCAGAAAAGCCUGGUGGCUUGAAUAUCCAUGGUGCAUGGCAACUUAUGGCUAGCGAUCCGGAGCAGAUCCAGAAAAUAGUGGGCGGCGUGACGGGAGCUCUGUCGGGGCGGCGCAGCUGGGUGAGCGUGGUUGGGGAUGUGCUUGGCGGUGGGCUUGGUGGUGAUUUAUUGGGACAGUUGGGACCGUUGGCGGGAGCGCUUCAAGCUGGUGGUGCAAGUGGAGCGGGAGGUGAUGGAGAAGGAAGACGAAGGGGAGGAGGCGGCGAUAGUGAUGAUGGAGAUGGGAGACAUAAGAGGAGGGAUGAUGAUGAUGAUGGCAGACACAAGAGGAGGAGAUGAUGGGUCUUGGAACGAUUCGAUGACGAUUUGACGAUGACGACCUUUUGACGACGACAUAUUUCUGCUUUGCUUUUUUUUUUUUUCUCAUUUUCUCUUUUGACGUUAAUGUUAUAUGAUUUAUGUUUCGUUUGUUUUACGAUUGAUGAUUUCUUCUCUUCAAAGCUUGCUUUAUGAAUGAAGUUUGGGUUUCUAAGAAAUGUAUGGCUUAUGCUGGUUGUUUAAUGAGAUAUAGAAAACAAGCGAGUGCUUUGCUACUUUUUUCUUUUGAUAGUAAUUUAAUAUUGUGUGACUUGUUUUGUAAA